AUGCGGUCUCGAUGGGGUACGAAUUAUCCUGACGCCACGGCUGCUUCCAUUUUCUAUAAUCCUGGCCUCGUGGCACGGUGCCCACUCCCCACUGGAAACUAUGUGAUAUCUAGCAUGCAAGCCGAUGCGCGGUUCAUCAAUGUUGAUGGCAGAAACUAUUUGAAGCUGAGCUCGACACCCAAAAUCUGGAACGUCGUAAAGGAUCGUAUUAUUUAUGCCAUCAAAGAUGACCGUAAUAUCGUGUCCAAUAAGCUCAAGUCGACUGUCGAGUCAAGAGCUUGGUCUAUGGGCAUUCUAUAA